AUGGAGCUGAUGCCAGGCUCUGUGCCUCGGAUAUGUCGUGCUGUGCCAGUGCCACGUUGUGAUAUGCUUCGACAUGCUCCCAAACCCUCUUGUGCCUCAUGUCAUAAGAUCACGUCAUCUUCAGACCUUUGUCCAUUCCUCAUCUCGCGAAAUUGCUUGCAAGCGCUCGAGAGAGCCCCAACACCCCCUCCAAUCCCCAAUCUCCCAACAGAGACCCCAAACUCCCCACUCCCAACCAAAUCGCCCCAACUCCCACUCCCAAUCCCCAACCACCUCCCUCCUAACAGAGACCCAAAUCCCCACUCCCCAACCAAAUCGCCCAACUCCCACUCCCCAAUCCCCAACACCUCCCUCCAACAGAGACCCAAAACUCCACUCCCAACGCCCCAACUCUCACUCCCCAACCACCUCCCUCCCAAGAGACCCCUAACUCCCCACUCCCCAACCGCGUCGCCCAAACCCCCCUCCCCCAGCCGAGGCCCCCUGCAAUCCGUACAAACAAAAGGCGUAACCGAAUGCCCCGACAAGGCCAGUGUUGGGGAUCAGCGAGGUCCCUUUUUUGUCUAA